AUGUGCUUUUUCGUGAUCAAAGAAAUCGCAGGAAACGUUCCUGCUGUAUCGGUUGAUACGUCUCACCUUCAUGUACCGGAUCAUAUCAGCCUUGCUGAUCCAACCUAUUAUAAGCCAGACAAAAUUCAAAUGCUCUUAGGUUCGGAUGUGUUCUGGAACGUAUUUAGCGUAGAGCAAAUCUCGUUGGGUAAAAAUCGCCCGAUCUUGCAGAAAACAAAAUUGGGUUGGAUCGUUUCGGGUCCGAUCAGUUCGGGAGUUGUUUCAACAAGCUGCCAUCUUGCUCAAUUCAACACAUCAAAUCCGGAUGUUCAGUUUUCAUUGGCAAAAUUCUGGGAGGUUGAAAACCAAGGUUCAGAACCAGUACAUUCUCGAGACGAACAGAUCUGCGAAGAUCAUUUCGUAAAAUCCACUACUCGUGACGAAGACGGUCGGUUCAUAGUGUAUUUACCCCUUAAGGAACCCGUUACAAAACUUGGAGAAUCUUUUGAAAUAGCAAAAAAACGGUUUUACUCCUUAGAACGGAAGUUACAGAAUAAGCCGGAGUUCAAAAAAUUGUACUGCGAUUUCAUGGAGGAAUACGAAAGCUUAGGCCAUAUGAAGCGAGUGAAUUCAUCAAACGCGAACGAGAUAUUUUACUAUAUGCCGCACCAUGGUGUAUUGAAACAGGAUAGUAUAACUACAAAACUUCGAAGCGUAUUUGACGCAUCGGCACCGACGAGUUCGGGUAUUUCCUUAAAUAACAUUCAAUAUGUCGGACCGCAGUUACAGGAUAGUCUUUUUUCGAUAUUGCUAAGAUUUAGGACUCACAAAUUUGUCAUUUGCGCGGACAUAGCAAAGAUGUACCGUCAAAUCUUAUUAGCGCCACAACAACACAAGUUGCAAAGAAUUCUGUGGAGAAAAAACGUGGAUGACCCAUUAGGGGUUUAUGAGAUGCAAACGGUUACAUAUGGGACAACCGCAGCCUCUUAUUUGGCAAUUCGCUGUCUGUUCGCGAUAGCAAAUGACAACGCUUCGAAAUUUCCGAAAAUUGCUCAUAUAAUUAAGACCGAUUUUUACGUGGACGAUUUAUUGACUGGGUCUGAUAAUUUGGAAGAAGCCGCUAACAUAUGUAGAGACAUUAGGAAUGUUCUCAAACAGGGCGGAUUCGAACUUCGUAAAUUCUAUUCGAACGAUGAAUCAGUCUUGCGGCAUAUCGACACUAGGGAAUCAGACCUAGAUACCAUAAAUUUCAGCGAGCAAGAAAAUACAAAAACCUCAGGUAUAUCAUGGAGACCGAAACUUGAUAAACUACGUUAUAUCGGAAGAAAUUAA